UCCAUGCUAGUGGUGUCCCUGCGUCAGCCCCGAGGCCACCAGACCGGAAAGUGGGGCUCCAGAGAGGAGCUCCUGGCCUUCCAGUUUGCACGGGUCUUCACAGGCCUCUGGCCCCCUUUCUGGCCUGCAGGCUUCCUGCUCCCACCCCCAUGCCAUGGAGUCCCAGGCCCUCAGCUGCCUCCCCACAGGCCCUGGAGAUGACAGCUGUUGUAGGAGAGGGAGGGGCCAGUGGCCCUGGUGGCCCCAGAGCUGGCCAGUGCCCAACGCUCUUCGCAUCAGAGCCCCUGCCAGGCCUUUCCUGGAAAUACCAGUUCCCAGCAGCCCUGCUCCAGGGCGGGCCUGGGACCCUCUAGGCCCUGAUGGGAUCGGGCCCUGGCAUCCUGCCAGGGUACAUGCCUGGCCCAAGGUCCUGGCCAGCCCUCCAGGCCCAUAUUAGGGAGCAGUGCCUUUAGCAGCAAGAAGUAGCUCAGGGCCCGUGGGAAAGGUUUGAGGGCCCAAGGUACUGCCCAGCGCUGGCCAGCAGGACGGACGGCUCGGGCCACAGGGAACUCAGGGGUCUGCGGUGGCCCGGGAGUGGCCACAGUAACAACAGCUCAGGAGGACAGAGGCGGCCCUGCGCUGGGGACGGCGCGCUCCUGGACACCGCCGGCUUCAAGAUGAGCGACCUGGACUCGGAGGUGCUGCCCUUGCCGCCGCGCUACCGCUUCCGGGACCUGCUGCUGGGUGACCCGUCCUUCCAGAACGACGACAGGGUCCAGGUGGAGUUCUACGUCAACGAGAACACCUUCAAGGAGCGGCUCAAGCUGUUCUUCAUCAAAAACCAAAGAUCGAGCCUGAGGAUCCGGCUGUUCAACUUCUCCCUGAAGCUGCUCACCUGCCUGCUCUACAUCGUGCGCGUUCUGCUCGACGACCCGGCCCUGGGCAUCGGAUGGUGGGCCACUGGCGCGGCCGGGCGAGGGGUCCCGGGUCCCGGGGCUGAGCCUUCCUGCUGGGCCAUUACAGAAGCUGAUGGCGUCCCUGGGGGGGCCCCUGUGCCUGGGGCCUUGGGGAGUCCCUCCUUCCCCAGUGCCCGUCCCAGGAUGGAAAAUGCCAAGGACUCGGUGCCUAGGCUCCCGCAGACGGCUCAGCGCAGGGAAAAGGGUCCCCAUCGUAGACUUCCAGCUGUGCCCUUAGCUACUAGCCGACCCAGAAGGUCCACGGAAAGGCUGGAGCAUCUAGGAAGCCCCUCCCUGCCCCCACAACUGUCUCCGUGCUCACUUGAGCUUCUGCAGGUCAGGGAAGGGGGCGCCAGUCCCCCUGGGUAAAGCCCCUACCUGUUUCUGGGGGUGUCUUCUACCUCUCCUGGGUCCCAAGGAGUCCCCUUCCUGGGGCCCAUCGUCCUGGGGCCCAUGCUCCAGGGACUUCCGGGAGAGGUGCUGGGGUCAGCAACCUGCACCGUCAGGUCCUUACCAGCCUCGAAGCAGCCGCCAUGAGGGUGGGUGGGAACUUGCUCUCUCUGAGUCCUGUUCUAUCUCCUUCUGCUGUUGCUGCUUCGAGAAGUGGCGGCUGCUGGGACCUACUCUGUGCCCAGGGUGCCUUGGCAACUCCUGCUCACCUCUGUGUGGGUCCCAGGGGACAUCAGCAGGGCCCUGUGGCCCUCGGUGCCAGAUUGUCCUGAGUCAUGUAUUUGGGGACAAGCCCCCAACCCCAGGCCUCUCACUCUGGCUCCCUGGCACUUGGAUGCUGUGCUCUGUGUCCUGUUUCUUCUCUCCCCCUCCUGCCUCGUUCCCUUGUUCACUUGUCCACUUGUUCUAUCCUGCCUCCUGGUUUCCAGAAAUCCUUCCUCUGAAUGUCCUUCCGAGGAUGGCGUCUCCAGUCCUUUCCUGUUUUACGCUUUCCCCAUCUGCUGGGCCUGUUUCUCCCGAGCUCACACUGGGCCCUGAUUUUUUCAUACCCGUAGAUUUCCUCGAAUGUCUGGUGCCAUUUGUGCGUAAGAGUGCUCAGGCGCUGAGGGGCUCUGCAGCCACAUGUGUGGUGUGGUUGUCACCAUCCAGCCAUCAGGGUGAACCCUGCCAGCAUGCUGGUCCCCUCUCUGGCUGCGCAGAGCAGGUUCUUCCCUGGAGAGGAAGGCCUG